AUGCCUCCUUAUGAAACACUGUAUGGAAGGAAGUGCCGUACAGAAUCAUGUUGGUUGGAAGCAAGAAAGAAACACUUUGCAGGUCUUGAGUUAAUACAUCAGACCGUUGAGAAGCUAAAAGUCAUUAGGGAAAGGAUGCUAGCUUCUCAAAGUCGUCAGAAGAGCUAUGCAGACAAAAAGCCACGACCGAUAACAUUUGUUGUGGGUGGUCAAGUGUUACUUGAAGUCUCACCAUGGAAGGGACUUGUUAGAUUCAGAAAGCAUGGGAAGUUGAGUCCUCAUGUUAUAGGACCAUUUAAAGUUUUCUAUAUGAGGAAGUAUUUGGGAGAAGAAGUUGAUAUGCUCCCACUUUCAGAGUUAAGGAUUGAUGAAGAUAGAAGGCUGGUUGAAGAGCCUGAAGCAAUCAUUAACUGUAAGAAGAAUAAACUAAGACAUAAGAUGGUUGAAUUGGUGCUAGUGCAAAGGAAACCUAUGAUAGGCCCAAACCUCACCUGGGAAGCAAAAAGCGAAAUGAAAAUUCACUAUCCUCAUCUGUUUGCUGCUACAUGA